AUGGCAGGAGGGGGAGGAGCUGCACCGCCGCCUAAACAGGAAGAGCAUCAGCCACAUCCUGUGAAAGAUCAAUUACCAAACGUUUCAUACUGCAUCACAAGUCCUCCACCCUGGCCGGAGGCGAUUCUACUUGGUUUCCAACAUUACCUGGUGAUGCUUGGCACAACUGUUUUAAUACCAACGUCUCUAGUUCCCCAGAUGGGAGGAGGAAAUGUAAAGAAAGCAAAGAUGAUUCAGACCCUAUUGUUUGUGGCUGGCAUAAACACAUUUUUCCAAACAUUAUUUGGGAGUCGUCUACCUGCAGUUAUUGGAGGAUCCUACACCUUUGUGCCAACUACCAUUUCAAUUAUUUUGGCUGGUCGCUACAGUGACAUUGUGAAUCCUCAGGAGAAAUUUGAGAGGAUAAUGCGUGGAACACAGGGUGCGCUUAUUGUUGCUUCAACCCUCCAAAUUGUUGUUGGCUUCAGUGGCCUUUGGCGCAAUGUAGUGAGGUUCUUAAGCCCUCUCUCUGCUGUUCCUUUGGUUGCUCUGUCAGGCCUUGGACUUUAUGAGUUGGGCUUUCCUGUGCUUGCAAAAUGUGUGGAGAUUGGGCUUCCAGAAAUAGCAGUCCUACUAAUAUUUUCACAGUACAUUCCUCACGUGAUGAAAGGAGAAAAGUCUAUCUUUGAUCGCUUUGCAGUACUAUUCUCAGUGGCAAUUGUGUGGAUUUAUGCUCUUCUUCUUACUGUGGGUGGAGCUUAUAAAAAUGUACCACCUACAACUCAGAUUACUUGCAGAACUGAUCGUGCUGGAAUCAUAAGUGCUGCACCUUGGAUUAGAGUCCCGUAUCCUUUCCAAUGGGGAGCUCCUACAUUUGAUGCUGGAGAAGCUUUUGCUAUGAUGGCUGCUUCAUUUGUUGCUCUAGUUGAGUCCACUGGUGCUUUUAUUGCUGUUUCAAGGUAUGCAAGUGCGACUCCAUUGCCACCUUCAGUUCUUAGCCGUGGUGUCGGAUGGCAGGGGGUAGGAAUUUUGUUAUCUGGGAUCUUUGGGACAGGGAAUGGAUCAUCAGUAUCUGUGGAGAACGCUGGACUCUUAGCUUUGACACGAGUUGGUAGCCGAAGGGUUGUUCAAAUAUCAGCUGGAUUCAUGAUCUUUUUCUCCAUACUUGGAAAAUUUGGAGCUGUCUUUGCUUCAAUCCCAGGGCCAAUAGUUGCAGCUUUAUAUUGCCUUUUCUUUGCCUAUGUGGGUUCUGCAGGUCUCGGAUUCCUUCAGUUUUGCAAUUUAAACAGCUUUAGAACUAAAUUCAUCUUAGGAUUCUCUAUUUUCAUGGGCUUCUCUAUACCACAAUACUUCAAUGAGUACACAGCAUUUAAGGGCUAUGGUCCUGUACACACCCACGCUAGAUGGUUCAACGACAUGAUCAAUGUCCCAUUCUCGUCCAAAGCAUUUGUUGCUGGUUCAUUGGCACUGUUCUUGGAUGCCACAUUGCACAAGAAAGACAACCAAACUCGUAAAGACAGAGGCAUGCACUGGUGGGACAGAUUCCGUUCAUUCAAGACAGAUACAAGGAGUGAGGAGUUUUACUCUCUACCCUUCAAUCUCAACAAGUUUUUCCCUUCUGUGUGA